CCAGAGAUCAGGCCAAAAGACGCUUCCAAGAGUUGGGAUUGAGUAAGGAGCAAGCUGAUACUCUUAUUCCUAUUCGUGCUCCUGGAAGACAUGUUGAUGAAAGAGAUCCCAUCAAAAUUAUUGCCCAGGAUAUUAUAAAAAAUGAUCUCUCACCUGAAGAGAUAAAUGAAAUAGCAUACGAGUUGGCUUCUUCUGCUCCCACUACUGUUGCAAGAAAUUCUCGUCUUAAUUUAUUACGGAAAAAAUUGCGUAGCUUAGGAGCUGACUAUCUCAUUAUUGAGGCAACAAAAAUACCUUUUAUUACUGAAGAAGCAAAUCAGAUUCAAGCAAGAAAACGUAUAGAUCAUAAUAGCAAUGCGUUUAAAGCGUUAUUCUUCAGAAAUCUAAUACCCGAUAACAAAAAAAAAGCUGUCAGAUUCGGGGUUGAAAAGCCUAUAAAAGAAAUAGUAGAACACUUGGAUAAUGUUUCAAAUACGUUCAAUGAAUUUAAAUCAAUUAUUGAGCGAACGAUCCAAGGUCCAGAUUCUGUAAAACACUUCUAUUCGAAACUAAAAUGGCAUAGUAAACUUAUUGGAUAUAAUAAUAACGAAGUCUUUAUUAAACAGCAAUUUCUUCGUGGAUUAUCACCCGAGAAUCAGAUAGAAGCUAGAAGAUGUGGAUUGGAACUUCCAUUAGAUGAGCUAGUAGAGAAACUGAGUAAAAUUGAGAACAUCCGAAAGAUAU